CCCCAUCAUUAACUGUAAGGCAAGUUAGCAAUUCAGUGAUAGUCGGAGCAGGAAGAUGAGCCAGGCAUUGUAAUAGUUAAGAUUACCAAAGCCCCAAAGCUAGAAACUGCUCACAUUAUUUUGAAUUACUCUUCCCUUCAUGAGACACCACUUUCAAAACCCAACGAAGAAGCCGAAUUUUAACUCAAAAUGUCCUCUAACGUUUCAGGGUGCGAGCGGACUUUUUUCAGAACGUGAUACCAAAGCCUAAAAACAAAGCACGACCUCACAAAAAUCGAUGCUAUUCCAAAAACUAUACUAGCUCAGUUUCCCACUAAGCUUGGAAUCCGGAAGCGAAGGUCGGUAUUCCGCGGUCGCUGUCGCGCUGUCGCGACAGGGGCGGGGCGAGGCCGUAAAGCAACGCCGAGCCCGCCCUGCCUCCCAGGGCGCCCUUGGAAAGACUGUGGGUCAUGGCUGGCGUGGCGCGGGGCAGCGGGGCCAGCCUGGACCUGCUCCGGUCCCUGCCGCGAGUGAGCCUGGCCAACUUGAAGCCCAUCCCUGACUCCAGAAAGCGGGAAAGACGUCCAAGAGAUCGAAGAAGAGGCAGGAAAUGUGGCAGAGGUCAUAAAGGAGAAAGACAGAGAGGAACUCGGCCCCGGCUGGGCUUUGAGGGAGGGCAGACUCCAUUUUACAUCCGAAUCCCCAAAUAUGGAUUUAAUGAAGGACAUAGUUUCAGACAUCAGUAUCAGCCUUUGAGUCUCAGGAGACUGCAGUAUCUCAUUGAUUUAGGUCGAGUUGAUCCAACUCAACCUAUUGACUUAACCCAGCUUGUCAAUGGGAGAGGUGUGACCAUCCAACCACUUAAAAGGGAUUAUGGGGUCCAGCUGGUUGAAGAGGGUGCUGAUACUUUUCAAGCAAAAGUUAAUAUUGAGGUACAGUUGGCUUCAGAAUUAGCAAUUGCUGCAAUUGAAAAAAAUGGCGGUGUUGUUACUACAGCCUUCUAUGACCCAAGAAGUCUGGAAAUUCUGUGCAAGCCUGUUCCAUUCUUCCUGCGGGGACAGCCCAUCCCAAAGCGAAUGCUUCCACCGGAAGCACUGGUUCCGUAUUACACUGACGCCAGAAAUCGGGGCUACCUGGCUGACCCUGCCAAGUUUCCUGAAGCAAGACUUGAACUUGCCAUGAAGUAUGGCUACGUUCUUCCUGAUAUCACGAAAGAUGAACUCUUCAAAAUGCUUAGUGCUCGGAAGGAUCCAAGGCAGAUAUUCUUUGGUCUUGCUCCUGGUUGGGUGGUGAAUAUGGCAGAUAAGAAAAUUCUAAAACCUACAGAUGAGAAUCUCCUUAAGUAUUACAGCUCCUGAACUCUUCCAGUAAGCAGAUGUGUUGAGAACCAGACAGGAGCUGAAACAAGGCUGCUUGUAGGUCUCAGAUCCUUGGGGUUGAUACCAGUCAUCAGUGUGGUCAGAUCUGAAAUUAAAUCACAGGCAGCAAAAGCUGUACAGAAGAACUGGACAUUUUUGGGUAUAUGUCU